AGACAACGACGAGAAAGAGAUUCAAACGAGAGAAUAUUUUGGGAGUGCUUUUAUUAAGUCUCGGCCUCGUUGUUUCCACUAAGUUGUACGACUGUUCCAAACGAAAUCGCGGAUAUAUUCAUCGUCGAGUCGUCGUGAAAUCGCUUGGUUUUGGUUUCUGCCAGCCCUAGCUGAAGAAUAUCCGAUCGAAGUCGAAGGAAAAUGCCGUUCUGGUGGCCUUUGAUUGUCAUCGCCUUCGCUUACGCGAUCUGUAAAUUCCUUCUGAUGCUCAUUCCUCCCAAUGUUCCUUCAAUCGAAGUCGACGCAUCCGACGUUUUGGCGCAUGGGAAAGACACGGAUGAGAAUAGCUUCAUUUAUAUUCCUCCAAGGGGAAGAACCCAACAAUCAGAGAAAAAGGUUCAGUGCUAUGAACCUGCCACAAUGAAGUAUUUGGGGUUUUUCCCCGCCCUUUCACCCGCCGAGGUUAAGGAUCGAGUGACUCAAGCAAGGAAUGCGCAGAAAAUAUGGGCAAAAAGUAGCUUCAAGCAGAGACGCCAGUUUCUGCGAAUUCUUCUGAAGUAUAUUAUUGAACACCAAGAACUUAUAUGCGAAGUCUCCUCACGUGAUACUGGGAAAACUAUGGUGGAUGCUUCCCUGGGAGAAAUAAUGACAACAUGCGAGAAGAUCACUUGGCUUCUAUCUGAGGGUGAAAGAUGGUUAAAGCCUGAAUACCGUUCUUCUGGAAGAGCGAUGCUCCACAAAGUAUCAAAAGUAGAGUUUCAUCCCCUUGGAGUCAUAGGAGCUAUAGUCCCAUGGAACUAUCCCUUUCACAACAUUUUCAAUCCUAUGCUGGCUGCAGUCUUUUCAGGAAAUAGCAUUGUCAUUAAGGUAUCGGAACAUGCAAGCUGGUCAGGAUGCUUUUACUACCGGAUAAUCCAGGCAGCUUUAGCUGCUGUUGGAGCUCCUGAAAAUCUUGUCGAUGUGAUCACAGGGUUUGCAGAGACAGGAGAAGCACUUGUCUCAUCUGUUGAUAAAAUGAUAUUUGUUGGGUCAACAGUCGUUGGCAAGAUGAUCAUGAGAAAUGCUGCGGAGACAUUGACACCCAUCACUCUUGAACUUGGUGGAAAAGAUGCAUUUAUUGUGUGCGAAGAUGUAGAUGUCUCCCACGUUGCACAAGUGGCUGUAAGGGGUGCCCUUCAGUCCAGUGGGCAAAAUUGUGCUGGUGCUGAAAGAUUUUACGUUCACAGAGACAUUUACCCUGCAUUCGUCAGCCAAAUAACAAAGAUCAUGAAGUCUGUUUCUGCCGGUCCACCCCUUGCUGGGAGGUAUGAUAUGGGUGCUAUAUGCUUGCAAGAACACUCUGAAAGACUACAAAGCCUUGUAAAUGACGCGUUGGACAAAGGAGCGGAGAUUGCGGCCCGUGGGAGCUUUGGUCAUCUGGGUGAAGAUGCAGUCGAUCAAUAUUUCCCUCCAACCGUUCUUGCAAAUGUAAACCACAGUAUGAUGUUAAUGCAAGAAGAGGCUUUCGGGCCGAUCAUGCCGAUCAUGAAAUUUAGCACCGAUGAAGAGGUCAUAAGGCUAGCGAACGAUUCGAGAUAUGGGCUUGGUUGUGCUGUAUUUUCUAGAAGCCAGCGUCGUGCCAGACAAAUCGCUUCUCAAAUUAACUGUGGUGUUAUUGCAAUCAACGACUUUGCGUCAAAUUACAUGUGCCAGUCACUUCCGUUUGGAGGUGUAAAGGACAGCGGAUUUGGACGGUUUGCGGGGAUAGAAGGGUUACGAGCUUGCUGUCUUGUGAAAUCCGUGGUCGAGGACAGGUGGUGGCCCAUUAUCAAAACCAAGAUCCCCAAACCUAUACAGUACCCUGUAGCCGAGAACGGAUUCGAAUUCCAGGAAGCACUAGUGGAAGCCCUCUACAGCUUAAACAUAUGGGAUCGGCUACGAGCGCUCGUCGAUGUCGUGAAGAUCCUCACGGACCAGAGCUCCCGCGUGGUCAGAAAAAGGAAGAGCCACUGAGACCUACGACCGACACACUUUCCAGGUUCGCGCACAAACAUAUCCCGUUUCGAGUGCGGUUGAAUUUUGAUGGAAUUAACGCAUCAUCUAUUGUUCAUCAAGAUAGUAAAAGAGAACUUCGAAAAGAUGUCGAUUCCUUUUCGUCGGGGAUUAUGCCCAAGUUUACUUUCAUCUUGUUAUGAAACAUAAAUGGUAACUGUUCUUCUUCAUAAACCCUAUAUGAUCUGGUCUCAUUACUACA